GUGGCACUUUAGUGUUCAUGUCCUUCACACAUGCAUACCUUGCAUACACAUUGUAAACAGACAUGUGUGGCUCUUAAGCCCUCACAGAGCAGCUAAUCUGCUUAGAGUAUGACUGACCCUUCUAGCAGGGCACCUGACCCCCCCUCCAACAAGGAGAAGGAGCCAGCAUUGCAGACCAGAACUAUUACCCUUUCUGCAAAACCGUAUACAAUAGCAAAGCCAGAGAAACAUAAGAUAGGCUUGUUGCCAGACAUUCAUAGAUUGCACAUACGUAGUGAUUUCAUUUUACAAAAAUAACACAAUUCUCAUAGAAAUAUUCAAAUAAAACCUGGCCAAAUGGAAAAAAAUAAAAUAAAGAUACAAUUAUGAAUCCCUAGAUUGGAUUUAAUUUAACAGCUCCUCUAGGUGCCUCGCCUCCUCUCGGUAAACCUGCAGGAUGCUAUGCAUGUUAAAACGAUUAGCAAACGUAGGGCUUAGUGUAAGCAGCACCAUGUUGCCUUCCACAAUCUACUUUUCAUCAAUUACUGCAGCUGCUCUGGGACCAAAAACCUUUACUGGGAAAUACUUCCAAGAAGAAACUCUUGCUGUGUUCAUUGGAGUAUUGUUGGGGGGAAGGAGAGGAUACAGGCAACUUCCUAGAUAUCUUUGACAUUGGUGAAAUAAUUUAGCACAUUAAAUUCCACUGAAAGUACUGAUGGGAUUAGAAGAAGCUUUGUGACAGUGCGUGAUAGAAUGGCAUAUGUCUAAGAGUCAUGGUGUUGUUAGCAUGGUCUUUUGGUCUGAAGCUAAAGACGGUACUGGGAUGAUAAUUCACAAGGCAUAUUUUGCCACCCAAGGAUAACAGCUGAAGUGGAAAAGAAGAAAUUCAGACAGUGAGGUUGGACAGGUGAGAGCAGAGGACACAUUUGCCCUGGGUGGGAAAAAGAUACUAUAUUUUAUGUUCUCUUGUUGCACAGAGAGAAACCAAACAUGAGGCUGGCCACUGGCCUGCUUCUGCUGGCAUCAGCCCUUGCAGUGAUCACACCCACACCUGUACAGCAGGUGGAGGAGCAAGAUGAGUUCCCAACCACACCUCUGCAAGAGGUGGAGGAAGCGGUGUUCACACCCACACCUGCUCUAGAGAAAGAAGAAAGCACUGGUCGGUGGGAGGCAGAGGUUGACACGUACUGGUCUGGGACACCUCCUCUCUGUCUGGGGGGUUGUGUGGGGAAACACACAGAAUUAAGGCGAGAUCCAUGUGGGGGUUCCACCUGCUGCUGGGUGGGGUACAAGUCCCUCUGCAGAGUGAACUGUGGGAAACCGGAUGCUGACUUCAAUGCCAUGGUCUCCGGGAAGAGCUGGUGGGUGGGCUCUGUAGUGAGAUACUCCUGUCGUCCAGGCUUCCUGCUCAUAGGAAACUCAUCCAGCACCUGUCAGCCCAAUGGCAAAUGGACCCCCAAACCCACUUGUCUCCGUAUAUGCCAGCAGAAGCGCCUGGAGAUUAGCGAGAGGGACAUCGAUGGAAACUGUUCCUCUACCUGUUCCAUGAAAAUCUACAAUGGUUUGCCCAAGCAUGGCUGUGUUAAGAUUGACAACUGCCAGCCCAAGGAGCCGGGCUGGAAGCGUUGGUUCACGGCAUGCGACAACUGCGUGUGUGACUGCUACGCACCCUGUAUAUCUUUAGGAUGAAGAAACGUACUUCAGUGGAGCACUGAAGAUCCAUGAAGAUGCCGACGGAAUAUUCAUUACACAACUGAAACCAAACUCAUUCUUUCCACCAGAAUUAAUUCAUUAUCAUCAAAUGUCGCCGCAAG